GGUGAAGCCCAUGGUCCUGCCACAGUCCUGCUCUGGGGUACGAGACGUUCGCGCUGCUGGAAGCUCGCUGAAAUGACCCGCAGAGACCCUCCAGCACUGGAUUAAGACGGUAACUUCAGUCAUGGCUCCCCGGGUGAAAGAGUAGCCUCCCCGCAGCGCCGUCGCCGAGAGAGAGAGCGCUUGCACCGCAGACAACUCCUCUAGAUGCACCGUUGCUGAAAAAUAUGCUCCAGCCGAGCUGCCUCAACCCCGGCUUCAGUCGCGAGUCCCCUGCCGUGUAACCCGCCUCGCUAGACCUUCUUCUCCGUGUUCGUUCCACCACCUCCUACCUGUGAAGUCCGCCGUGUCCGAGCCACCUGCGAGCACAGAGCCAUGGCAGGGACGACCGCGCAGGGAGCAGGAAUACUGCUGGUGACAGCCAACGUUGGAUCCCUCUUCGAAGAUCCUGACAAUCUACAGAAAACAUGGCUGAGGGAGUUUUACCAGACGGUCCAGUCGCAGAAGCCGCACUUCCUCGCGGUGCACUGUCAAGAGGUCGGAGGGAAGAAUUAUGAGGAGUCCAUGUCACAUGUGGACAGUUUUGUCAAAGAGCUGCUGUCCAGUGAUGCCAUGAAGGAGUACAGCCGAGCCCGCGUCUACCUCGAUGAGAACUACAAGUCCCAGGAGCACUUCACAGCUCUGGGGAGUUUCUACUUUAUCCAUGAAUCUCUGAAAAACAUUCACCAGUUCGACUUCAAAGCCAAGAAGUUCCGGAAGGUGGUCGGGAAAGAAACCUGCUCAGAGACACUAGAAAGCACGCCCAUGCUGGAGAAGGAGAAGUUUCCUCAGGACUACUUCCCUGAGUGCAAGUGGUCCAGAAAGGGAUUCAUCAGAACUCGAUGGGCCCUGCCAGACUGUGCCUUCGAUCUGGUCAACAUCCACCUAUUCCAUGAUGCUUCCAACCUGGUGGCCUGGGAGAAGAGCCCGUCUGUCUACUCUGGGACCCGGCAGAAGGCCCUGGGCUAUGUUUUAGACAGGAUCACGGACCAACGCUAUGACAGAGUGCCAUAUUUCGUCUUCGGUGACUUUAACUUCAGACUGGACUCUAGGCAGGUCAUUGAGAGUCUGUGCUCCACUGCCACCAUGCAGACAGUCAGAACCGCCGACACCAAUGAAGUCGACAAGCUAAUAUUCCGUGAAAGUGAUAACGACCGAAAGGUUGUUCUUCAACUUGAGAAGAAACUUUUUAGUUAUGUCAACCAGGACGUUUUCCGGGAAAACAACGGGACCUCGCUUUUAGAGUUCGACAAAGAGCUGUCAGUGUUCAAGGAUCGGCUGCAUGAACUGGAGAUCGCCUUCCCGCCCAGUUAUCCCUACAGUGAAGACUUCAAUCAGGGCAAGCAGUACAUGAACACCAGAUGCCCGGCCUGGUGCGACCGGAUCCUCAUGUCUUCUUCUGCCCGAGAGCUGGUCUUGAAGCCUGAGAAUGAAGACAAGUCGAUAGUCUAUGAUAACAUUGGACCCAACGUCUGCAUGGGGGACCACAAGCCCGUCUUCCUGUCCUUCCGAAUUACAGCGGGGGCAGGUAAACCUAAUGCAAAUAAGCACAAGUGUUGUGUGGUGCAGUGAUGUCGUGGAAAGAGUUGCCAAAGGGGGGAUCAGAUAUUCCGUGAAGCGCCUCUGUGAGAACACGAGGAGAAACACACACUUGCAUACACACUCCAGCACACACACACACACACACACACACACACACACACUGAAGAAUCUACACAGCAGUGCUGACCAAGUCGUCCUGACGCCUCAUUCACCCUCACCCUCCCCCUCUCCCUUCCAAAAAGUCAUUUUCUCUCCAUAAAACACUUGUUGAGAUGUGGACAAGCGCCCGACUCAGACACAUCGCUGACCUCACCGUUGCCAUGCAACCCCCAUUCCCCUGGAGAAAAUCAAAAGAAAGGAUGGCCGACUGGACAGACGGGACUUUGCCAAAACUCUAAUCGAACGCUACUACAUCAUUCACCAUCGUCUGUGUCUCCGCUCGUGUUUUAAAGUAAAAAAAAAAGAAAAGCAGUGCAAUGCAAAACAGUUGUAUAUUCUUAGUUUAUUUGUACAGUGGACAGUGUCACGUAGGUUUUAACGCUUUUGUUGUCCAGGCUUUUUUUUCGUUUGGAAUGAGAACACCUUGAUUGAAAUAUAUAAUUCUAUUUUGUCGUGUGCACAACACUCUGCUAUGCCUGACACAGUCUCGUUUUAUAUCCUUUUUAAGAGAGAUAAUUUAUGAUUCGUACCAAAACGGAGUCGGUGGAGCCGCCGUGAAUGUUUUCAGCAGUGCCAUAGAACCAUGCGAGUAUAUACAUAUAUAUAUAUAUAUAAGAUGUUUCUCUCUCACCGUAUGUCGUUAUAACUCUAACUUAUUUCUACUUAAUAUUAUGAAUGUGAUAUUUUAGUUAGCUUGGGUCUCUUUUUGUUACCGCGUCAUGGUGCCAAGCUCGCAGACGACCGUCGAGGUGUUGAUUGUGUUAAGACUUUUAGGAGCCGAGUUUCCAUGUAGCCUUCGACACUACAGCCUGUGUGGAGUGAUCCUCACCCACUCUUUCCUGCAAGUGGACUUUCUUUUCUGUCGUCUUGUGUGAGUUGUUUGCAAAAAUCUGCUUGUUUUUGUUCCCGCCGCAGUUUUCUUUCACUCCAUCUUUAAGAGUCAGAUAGAGAUUUUUAUGGUCCAUAUAAACGCCUCCGGACUCGACUGUAGGUGAUGCAGUUCUCAAGCAAUAAAAACCGAUAGAGCUCAAAUGUUUGUCUCUUAUUUCCACCAUAAAUGCACGUAGAGUUGCUUGCGCUCACUUUCCUCUUAAACAACAACAAAAACUAGUGUUUACCAUUGAUGCACUUAUAAAAGUUGAUGAGGCACAUUUUCUUGCAGUAAGGAUGUUCAUGGUCAGUUUUCAUGACCAUAGCAUGACAUGAGGAAAAAAAAUGACUCGAGUAAUUGCUGU